GAGAGAAGGAAGAAGGAAGGGGGCGAGUGGCGCGAGCUGGCGCCGAAAUGGGAGAAAGGAGCGAGUGAGAGGGGAGGGGGCGCGGGGCGAGCGGCGAGGAGCCGAGUGGCCCCUCGGUUGGGGCGCCCUCCGCAGGCGCGCAUGGCAGCCCCCGCGCGGUGAUCCUCCCGGGCCGAGCGAGUAGCGCGCAGCUUGCACGAGUCCCGGGCCGAUGUCCCAGGUGAGUGGCCAGUGCCCCCCUCACUGCGACGCGCCCCAUGGAGCCCCCAGCGCAGCCCCGGGCCCAGCCCAGACCCCAUCCCUCCUGCCUGGGCUGGAGGUAGUAACCGGAUCCACUCACCCUAUGGAGGCAGCGCUAGAGGAGGGCUCCCUGGAGGAAGCGGAAUCCCCCAUGCCCCAGGGUAAUGGCCCUGGGGCCCCUCAGCCCCUGGACAGUACUGACCUCGAUGUCCCCACAGAAGCUGUGACAUGCCAGCCUCAGGGGAACCCCUUGAGCUGCACCCCACUAGUGGCGAACGGCUCAGGCCACCCCUCAGAGCUGGGCAGCGCCAGGCGGGCAGGGAAUGGUGCCCUGGGUGGCCCCAAGGCCCACCGGAAGUUGCAGACGCACCCAUCUCUCGCCAGCCAGGGCAGCAAGAAGAGCAAGGGCAGCACCAAAUCUACUGCCUCCCAGAUCCCCCUGCAGGCACAGGAAGACUGUUGCGUCCACUGCAUCCUGUCCUGCCUGUUCUGCGAGUUCCUGACCCUGUGCAACAUCGUCCUCGAUUGCGCCACGUGCGGCUCCUGCAGCUCCGAGGACUCCUGUCUCGGCUGCUGCUGCUGCUGCGGCUCAGGCGAGUGCGCCGACUGCGACCUGCCCUGCGACCUGGACUGCGGCAUUGUGGACGCCUGCUGCGAGUCGGCCGACUGCCUGGAAAUCUGCAUGGAGUGCUGCGGGCUCUGCUUCUCCUCCUGACC